AACUCUUAUCACUCAAACCAUAGAAGCAUAUAGCUUCUUAGCUCAUAAGCUAUUUUCUUCAGUUUUAACACUUCAUCUCCGUGCUUCAUAAUUAUUGGGAGCCAAAGGAGUGGUUUCCCAAUGCGGAUUCUUCCUUUGUGCUUCUGGGCCACCUUGCUUUUUACAGCAAGUUUCUGCUAUGGUGAUCAUAAGACAGUUGAGGUAGUUGGGCUAGGAGAAUGUGCAGACUGUGACCAGAGUAACAUUAAGGCUAAACAUGCCUUUACAGGGCUUCGAGUGACAAUUGAUUGCAAGCCAGAAAAUGGACACUUUAAGACAAGAGGGGUAGGGAAACUCGAUGAAGAAGGAAAGUUCAAAGUGUCUGUUCAUCAUAAGAUUGUAAAAGAUGGAAAACUAAAUGAAGAGUGUUAUGCACAGCUUCACAGUGCAUCAGCUGCACCAUGCCCUGCACAUAAUGGCCUUGAGUCUUCAAAAGUAGUAUUCAAGUCCAAAGCCAAAGGAAAAUACACGUUUGGGUUGGUUGGUAAACUCAAGUUCUCCCCUGUGACAUGCACUUCAGCUUUCUUGUGGCCUCACUUUAAACACCCACCACUACCCAAAUUGCCACCUUUGCCUAAGUUGCCUCCCCUUUCUAAGUUCCACCAUCCACAUUUUAAGAACUUUGGUCAUACAUUUCCCUUCCCUCCUAAGGUAUUUCCACCACUACCACCAAAGGUCUUUCCUCCCAUAUUUAAGAAGCCUCUUCCUCCACCAAUACCCGGCUUCCCUCCUAAGGUCAUUUCACCACUACCACCAAAGGUCUUCCCUCCCAUAUACAAAAAGCCUCUUCCUCCACCAGUACCUAUCGACAAGAAGCCACUUCCUCCACCAGUUCCUAUCUACAAAAAGCCGCUUCCACCUCCAAUUCCAAAAUUCAAGGCGCCACUUCCACCUCUUCCUAAAAAGCCAUGUCCUCCACCUAUUCCAGUUUACAAAAAACCACUUCCACCAUCGGUUCCUAUCUACAAAAAGCCACUUCCACCUCCAAUUCCAAAAUUCAAGGAACCACUUCCGCCUCUUCCUAAAAAGCCAUGUCCUCCACCUAUUCCAGUUUACAAAAAACCACUUCCACCACCAGUUCCUGUAUACAAAAAGCCGUUUCCACCACCAGUACCUAUAUACAAGAAACCACUUCCUCCACCAAUUCCUAUAUACAAGAAGCCACUUCCACCACCUUUACCUAUCUACAAAAAACCACUUCCUCCACCAAUUCCUAUAUUCAAGAAGCCACUUCCACCACCCAUCCCUGUCUUCAAAAAGCCAUUUCUACCUCCCAUUCCAAUCUACAAACCAAAACCACCAAUAUUCCAUAAACCUCUUCCUCCAUUCCCAAAGAUUCCUCCAUUUUUUAAGAAGCCAUGGCCACCCAUUCCUGAACCUCUUCUUCCCAAGCUACCUCCUAUUCCCAAGUUGCAUCCAAAGUAUUUCCCACAUCUCAAGUUUAAAAAAUUCCCUCCCUUGCCACCUUUUCCUUCUCAUCCUUAGGCCACUGCUGUAUUUGUCCCAAAUGUAAGUGGAAACAAUGUUGAAUCGUAUGAUGAAGGUUAGUGUGGAAAAUUUAUAAUUUAUUGCUCCAAUAAAGCUUUUAAAGAAGAGAUAUGAUGGAAAUGAAAAGGCAGAGAGAGAGAGAGGGGGGAGGGGGGAAUGGGGGUAAGGUGAAUCAUUGUUUAUUACUUGCAGAAGUUAGACGCGUGUGGAUUGGUUUUUUGUUACAUUGUUACCAUGGGACUUUCAUGGAUGUUCAAAUUCAUCUGGCUGUUGCAAUAAUUUAUAAUGGUACUGUCUCUGUACUCUUGCAAUAUAUAGAUUCUCCAUUGUAAUUAUUUGAUACAUUCUCAAUGAAAUCAAGUUCUGAUUUUA